AAAACAUUCUUUUGCUAAAUUGGAAUAUGAGAUGUGGGAAUAGAAUUUAAUCCCCAAUUCCCCAAUUUCACGAAAUUAGGGUUUUCGCCAUUGGAGCAUGGAGGCAAGUUCUCAUUACUGAUGAACAGCUGAAUUGGAGUAAAAUGCAGCAACUUGAUCAAGUGAAGGAGAAGCCUGUUCCUCUGAAUAUGGGAGAAGUGAACUUUUCCCAAGCUGAGGAUGUACGGUUGGAGACUACACGGGCUAGAUUCUCGAAUCUCCUUAAGCGGCAUGCAGAAUUAACAGAGCGACUUUCUAGGGAUUCUGAUAAAUCUGUUUUUGAGCGUUUACAAAGAGAAUUUGAAGCUGCACAUGCUUCUCAAACUCAAGAAAUAUGUUUGGAUGGUGAGCAAUGGAAUGAUGGGUUAUUAGCUACAAUAAGAGAGCGGGUUCACAUGGAGGCUGAAAGAAAGGCAAUUCUACAGCAAGGGGAUGCUGCUUCAGCGCCCAAUUUACCUUUUCAUGAAAAAAUAACUUACAGAGUUGGAAAUAAAAUGAUCUGUUGUUUAGAUGGACCAAGGAUUGGCGUUCAAUAUGCGACCUCAUUUGCUGGAGAACCUUGUGAGAUGUUCCAUUGUGUUCUUGAAAGCAAAUCGUUUCUUGAGAAAAUGACAGUUCUUGAGCACACAAUACCAUUUUUCUUGCCGAUACGAGAAGCAGAAAAUGAUUAUCUCUCUUCAAAUGCAAUGAAGUUCAUAGAUUACGUUGGGGACUUGCUGCAGGCCUAUGUUGAUAGACGAGAGCAGGUUCGCCUUAUUAAAGAGUUGUAUGGAAAUCAAAUAGGAGAACUUUAUUGCAGUCUUCCAUAUCAUAUGAUUGAAUUUGUGCUCGCAGAUUUCGAUUGCAAAGUGAUAGUCAGCACUAGAUAUGGGGAACUCGUCUCUACGCUUCCUUCAACCAUCAAUGUCCUUGCUUGGCCGAUGCACCAACAUAAGAAACUCCGGACUUCUGUAGCACCAUUCAGCAGGAAGGAAAGCCAUGGCAAUCAACUAGUUCCCGCCCGACUAGCACAUGCUGAGGAUGCAUUGCGUUCAAUGAGUCUACCCGAAGCUUUCGCAGAGAUCGUUCUGAGCAUGCCGAAAGCUCUUGAAGAAGCAUUUCCGGAUCAAAGCGUGAAUUCCCGUGUUUCCUCGCAGUAGAGGUGGAUGGAUGGCAUCAUGCAUAUAUAUUAGUAAAGGAUGAUACAUUAUUUACUAUCCCUUCUCACCUUCCUACAGUUUUCGGGGAAGAAACAGUUGCUCGAUCGGAUCAUAUCAAGUUGAGGCCAUUAGUUUCGACACAGUUUGAUGAAUACUUACCUUUUACCAGAUGAGGGCAGAGUCUCUGUUUUCUGUUGUUAGGCAUAGUUUUAUCCAAAAAUGUGAGGUCAGGCUAGACUGCAGGAGGAUUUUGUGAAUUUUCAUUUGUGUGUAGUGUUGUGCUCCCUUUGUAUAUCAAUAAUUCAACAUCAUGAUUUGCUCCCUUUUUAAA